GGGGCCGCGCUGGGACCCCCCGGAUCCCCUCAGCCCCCGGUGGCUGCGGGGCGGCGCCGGGCAGGUGGCGGUGGGGGCGGACGCAAGUUGGGGUGGGGGCUGCACGGAGCCGCCAGCCCCCGGGGCUCGGGCUGCGCGCCGGCACCGAGGGGCUGCGAGGCAAAGUAGAGUUUGUAGGCGCCGGCGUCUCGCCGGGUCGGGAGCGCAGCUCGCCCGGACUUCGGCUCGUGCGCCAGCAGCAGGGGGACCGCUGCGCCUCGCCAGGUCUGCAGGCAAUAUUAUGCCAGACUUCCAGAUGAGAGGAUGAAACUAUGAGUGAAGAGCGCCCUGGAGAUUGCGUGCAGUUCUUUUCCUGGGUCAUAACUUGAUUGAUCUGAGAACAAAAAUUAUGAGGCUGACAUGUAUGUUCUCCUUCAUCUUGCUGUUUGGAGCAGCUGGGCUCAUUGUCUUCAUUCACCUGCAGGAUCCAGAAGAAAUAGUUCAUCAGCAGACACCAGGGAUAAAAUAUAACAUGGGAUUCCAGCAACCAAAAAAAGACUGUGUUUCCAGCAAUAACCGGGAGAGAAGAUUAAGAAAAAAUACUGCAGAUGGAAUAGCAACAGUAAAGCUGAGAGGUUCAUUACACCCAGCUGAAAACGUGCCCACUAAGCUUCAGAGCACAGACAGACAGCAAAGCAGCAUAACGUUUGGGAAAGACUACCAACAGCAAGGUGAGGAAAUUAAUUCUAUCAGGCUCCAUAAACGGAGGAGGAGAUUCGUAAUUAAAAAGAGCCCAAUCCUUAUUUCCAUGAACAGCUCCACUUUCAACUUACCCACACUUAAAUCUGAGGACAGAAGUAACAGCAAGUGGAAAAGUCUCUAUCAGAUCCAAAGCAAAAGAAAGCAAAUAAUGAGGGAAACUUGUUCGAAGUACAAGAGUAAUAAUAGGAGAAUCAUCACUCCUUACCAUGUUUCUAGAAUAUUUGUAGAAGAUAAAUACAGAGUUCUGUACUGUGAAGUACCAAAAGCUGGCUGCUCUAACUGGAAACGGGUGCUCAUGGUUCUCAACGGGCUGGCUGCUUCCACAAAGGACAUCCAGCACAACACAGUGCACUACGGAAACUACUUAAAAAGGCUGGAUGGGUUUGAUCGCAAAGGAAUCUAUCACAGGCUCAACACUUACACAAAGAUGCUUUUCAUACGCGAACCUUUUGAAAAGCUGGUGUCUGCAUUUCGGGACAAGUUUGAACAUCCAAACAAUUACUAUCACCCAGUUUUUGGCAAAGCUAUCAUUUCCAGGUAUCGUGUCAACGCCACCAAAGAAGCACUAAGGACAGGCUCUGGUGUCAAAUUCAAAGAGUUCAUUCAAUAUCUCCUGGAUGUACACAGGCCAGUGGGUAUGGAUAUCCACUGGGAUCAUGUCAAUAGGCUUUGCAGCCCAUGCUUAAUAGACUAUGACUUUGUUGGGAAAUUUGAAAGUAUGGAAGAAGAUGCAAACUUCUUCUUGCACCUAAUUGGUGCUCCACAAAAUUUGACUUUCCCUAAGUUCAAAGAUAGACACUCCAAUGAAGAAAGAACUACCACUAAAAUUACACAACAAUACUUUGCACAGCUUUCUCCUUCUCAAAGACAACGGAGCUAUGACUUUUACUACAUGGAUUAUUUGAUGUUCAACUACUCAAAACCUUUUGAAGAUUUGUAUUGAUUUGAGAGCUGGGACACUUCCACGAUCAUAUCAGCUGAAUUGCAUAACAAAUCCAGGUGGCUUCUGUUUAUAUACACUCCUCUGUUAGUAAAGAAUUGGUUGAAGAGCAGGAAAACAAACUCAAAACAGAACAUAAAUGGUUAGUGAUGUUUACACCUUCACCUUAAAUGCCUCCUUUUUCAAACCAUUUUUCUAUAAUUUCUCCAUGUGAAGUGUAUGUAUAUACAUGUGUAAUACUAUACACCAGGGCUCCCAAAUAAAGCACAUAAUUUUC